UAUGUGAUGAUGUGCUUGUUGUCUGCUGAUGAACAUUAAACUUGAUUUAUUUAAAAACUUAAGGGAGGAAAUAUACACUGUAGGUAUCCUCUCCAGCUUAAGACAACCUCUGAAGAUACAUUUCCCCUAAAAGUAUGCCUAGUUGUAGUAGUCAGCAUAGAGCAUUAAGGCUAUGUGCUGCUAACAAGUGCUGUCCUAUAGUCCUGGGUUUGAUUUCUUCAGUCACCAUUUACCUAGUUUGUGAACUCUGAGGAAAACGCUUACCUAAUCAGUGACUCCAGGCUUCCCCUGAAAACCUCAACCCAAUUAAUAACAUCAGCUGUAAAUCCAGAUUUUUGUUUAUUUGUAUUUUCUAUCUUGCAGAUCGAGUGUGUUCUACAAAUCGUGCAUUCUUUCCCAUGCAGCUGAAUGACAAAACUACAUUUUUAAUCACACUUCAUUUUGUUCAUUAUUUAUUCAAAAUAGCUUAGGUGUCAUGAAGUCAUCCAGUUUCUUAUUUGGGUUCCACAGCUAUUUACUUCAAGAACACAGAAAAACUAAACAAGUUGUGAAAGAUUAAAAAAAAAAAGAUGGUUGUAGUUUUUACUUCUAUUCAUCAUGUCUGCCCAACCUUGCUGUUUAUGUGAUACACAACUGUUAUUUCUUCAUUAUGACCAUGUCGUCAUCCCUUCCCCCAGCCUGGCAUACCUAAUACUCCUCCCAUACUGUUUAGCAACCACCUUGGCCAGUUAGCAUACACAAUGAACGAGAGCUGAGCACACCUGUAAAAAGGUAACUGACUACACCCUGUCAAUGCAGGGGCGUUUCCAGGGAAGUGAAAGCUGAUAUCUCCAGCAGGCAGGGAAACUGGAUGUAAACUGUUAACCGUGCAGAAGGAAGAGCUUGUUAACAGAUCUGAGAGUGAUAGUUUCCUUGCCUGGGAUGUUAAUUUAAAUAAGAAGACAGAAUAAGAGAUGUGUAAAACAUUUACUGUACUCUCACUGAGAUGAUCUCAAGAUUAAGCAUAUGUUCUACCAAUCGAGGAUGGCUGCACAUGUUUUAUCGUGCUAGGAACAGUUAACCCGGAUCAAAUGAAGUUGAAGGCUAUGGUAAAAUGCAAGUUAUGUAAAAUGGAUCACAGUGAAGACUGACAACAGUGUUUCCAAUUAAAAAAAGGAUACAGAGGAACAGAGGGCUGCUUUUUCUGUAAGGCUAAACAACGAACCAUGAAAGUAGAAAAUUAUUGUAUAAAAAGGAAGAUUCCUGUAUUCUUCCUGAUUAUCUUUUCUGUUAUUGGAUCAUCUAUGUUCUUCAAUCUUUCAAUAAGAACUUACUUUAUUCAUGAAAGGAACCACAAUAUUGCAUAUACAGACUACAGAACCACUGUGAAUUCAGAAGACCUAAAAACUUUGUCAGUAAUUAAAGAUAUUAAAAAGGAUGAAGGUAUAUGGAUUGUAAACUCACAGGGGCGACUGGGUAACCAAAUGGGGGAAUAUGCAACUUUAUUAGCUCUAGCAAAAUUAAACAAACGUCGAGCUUAUAUACUGCCAGAGACAUUUGACUACUUGGCUCCUCUUUUCAGGAUAACAUUGCCAACAAUUAAAAGGGAAGUAGCCAACAGGAUUUCCUGGACUAACUACUGGCUUCAUGAUUGGAUGGCUCCAGAAUAUGCUGAUAUAAAAGGCAAAUAUGUCCAGUUCACAGGGUACCCCUGCUCAUGGACUUUUUUUCACAAUAUCAGAGAUGAGAUCAGACAGGAGUUUCGUAUGCAUGACCACUUAAAUGAAGAAGCUGACAGAUAUCUUCAGAAAAUUAAAGGGGAUCGUAAAAAUGCUACUUUUAUUGGUGUCCAUGUUCGGAGAGGGGACUAUGUCCAUGUUAUGCCCAACACCUGGAAAGGAGUGAUAGGUGACAAGGCAUACUUUGAGAAGGCCAUGGCUUACUUUCGAAAUAAAUACCAGGAGCCUGUUUUUGUUGUGGCUAGCAAUGGGAUGAGCUGGUGUAAAGAAAAUAUUGAUGCUUCCAAGGGUGAUGUGUACUUUUCGGGCGAUGGAAAUGAAGCUUCUCCUGGGAAUGACUUUGCCAUUCUUGUCCACUGCAAUCAUACCAUUUUAAGUGUUGGGACUUUUGGUUUCUGGGUUGCUUACUUGGCUGGUGGGGAAGCUAUCUACCUCAGUAAUUUCACCCUUCCUGAGUCUGAGUUUCGCAAGGUAUAUAAGGAAGAAGCUGCCAAUCUUCCUGAAUGGAUAGGCAUUAAAGCUGACCUUUCACCUCUUCUUAACCAUCACUGACCAUGAGUCAAAGGAAAAACAAUUCACACUUUGCUGUAGUGCAUAACAAAAACACACACACAACAUACCUCUAAACCUCUUGGUACAAGAACUCUGGACAAAGCUAAAAAUAACAGGCGAGACACAUUUUGAAUAUUGCUCUUAUAAACUUAGAAAGUUCAUCAAAUAACAUGUUUUGCUUUAGCAUCCAGUUUCUGAAGGGAAAAAAAGGUCUGAAUCCAUAUAUAUACCAUUAUUUAGUGACUGCAAUCCUGAAUGAUUUGUUAGAAAAACACAGAUUUUAUGAAGGCAGACUAAAAAUAUGACACAAACAUCUGGGCAUCUUGCAAAAUUCUGUAUAUUUGAGAGGUGUGACACACUGUUAAGGGUUACAUACACAUUUUAUAAAAUAGUUUAUUUAUUUUUUUCCUGUUAACUGAAAAAAGGCAUCAUCUUUUGUAUUUUGCCAUGGAAAAGUGCACUUGAAUUACCAAGCAAUAUAUGAAAGUGACAGUUACACGGGCAGGCCCAAUGGGUGAAUGUUUCACUGUUCUCAUAACCAUAGAGUAAACUGUUAUAUCAAUGAUUCUUUGUGAGAGGGGAAUAAAGAAUAUUGCAAGUUAACCUGCUGACAUGAUGUCAGUUAACACAACUUUGUUGCGAGGCAUGAAGUAAUUUGAAUUAUGAAUCCAUAAUUAUUUAUUGAAAUUUCUGGUCACAUACCCCCACUUGUGCCUUUGAAAGAUUACUGUGUUGAACCUGCUGAAAAGUUAUUCAUGUAAUGCCGUGGUUGAAUGUGUCAACUCUUCUUUACAAUUAUUUUAUCCAUAUAUAAUUUAGCACUACAAAUAGAGCCAGGGAUAUGCAAAGACUUUGAUAUUUACUGUACUUCUGCUGAAGACCUAAAAACACAAUAUAAGUAGUAUAUGUUACUAUGUCAAAUUCAGCAGUUUAUUACGUGCAUCCAUGUGUACAUGCACACAUGCAUGUACACACACACACACCAAAACAUUCUUGUUAAUGGAUUUUGGGAUUUAUUGCUAAAUUUAGCAUGAACUGCAUGUGGGGGUUAAACAUUUGGAGAAACUGGAUAUUAAAAGCUACACACCUCUGACAUUUUCCUAACCUUGAUAAUCACAACACUAUAUCUCAUCCAUACUUUAUAUUUAGUAUCCACUAUAAAAGGUAUCUUACAGCAGAGAUGGUAUUACUGCAGCAUGCUGAUUUCUAGCUGUCCAUAUCAAAUAUAAAAGUAAAUGUAGAGUAGAUUAAACAGUGCUAUGACUGUUGCAUUACAGUAUAGGUUCAUAGGUAGGUACUAGGCUAUUGGCCCUAGGGCCUAUAUAAGCCUAGCCAAAAAGGUACCCUGGCUUUUGCCACCCAAGAAAAUUAUUUUCCU